CGGCUCUCCAGAAACUUCUGCGUCGCGUGAUAUAAUAACCAGCCAUCUUCCCUCCCCGGUGCUAGAACCGUCCAGAGGAGAGGCCGGUACACCUGACGAGUCGUCGCCAUGGUUCAUGAGACGGGCUAUUACGACACGCUGGGUGUCAACCCCAAAGCGUCGCCGGAGGAGAUUAAAAAGGCCUACAGGAAACUCGCGCUCAAGUAUCAUCCCGACAAGAACCCCAGCGAAGGCGAAAGGUUCAAGCAUAUAUCCCAAGCGUAUGAGGUGUUGUCAGAUCCAAAAAAGAGGGACCUGUAUGACCAGGGAGGGGAACAAGCCAUCAAAGAGGGGGGCAUGUCAGGAGGAGGCUCCCCAAUGGAUAUUUUCAACAUGUUCUUUGGAGGUGGGGGCAGAAUGCAGAGGGAGAGAAGAGGGAAGAAUGUUGUCCAUCAACUAAGUGUUACCCUGGAGGAGAUUUACAAUGGGGGCACCAGGAAACUCGGGCUCCAGAAAAAUGUCAUUUGUGAAAAAUGUGAAGGUUACGGUGGUAAAAAAGGCACCCUGGAGAAGUGUUCGGGCUGUAAAGGAAGAGGAGUACAGGUCAAAGUGCAACAGAUUGGGCCUGGUAUGAUUCAGCAGAUCCAAACCAUGUGUGCUGAGUGCCAGGGACAGGGCGAAAAAUUCAGCGCAAAGGACCGCUGCAAGAACUGCAAUGGGCACAAAGUGGAACGCAAGAAGAAGAUUCUCGAAGUUCAUAUUGACAAAGGUAUGAAAGAUGGCCAGAAAAUUACAUUCCAUGGAGAGGGUGACCAAGAACCAGGACUGGAACCUGGCGAUGUCAUAAUUGUGCUGGAUCAGAAGGAGCAUGACGUUUUCCAAAGGCAAGAUGACAAUCUGAUCAUGAAAAUGGAUAUCAAACUAGUUGAUGCCCUCUGUGGUUUUAAGAUGACCAUUCACACAUUGGACAACCGAACACUUGUCAUCAGCUCACUGCCAGGUGAAGUUGUGAAACACAGUGAUAUCAAGUGUGUGUCAAAUGAGGGCAUGCCAAUAUACAAGAACCCUUGUGAAAAAGGACAGCUUUUUGUUCAGUUUCAGGUGGAAUUUCCUGAAAAACACUGGCUUCCAGAGCAUCUGAUGUACCAGUUGGAAAGGCUGCUUCCUCCCAGGGAGGAUGUGAUGAUAUCUGAUGACAUGGAGGAAGUAGAUCUCUGUGAAGUGGACACUCAGUCACAACAGAGAAACUAUAGUGCAGAGGCUUAUGAGGAAGAUGAAGAAGGUCCCAGAGGUGGGGUGCAAUGUCAGACGCAGUGAAUGUAACUUAGAAGGCAAAGAACAUUCAAGCAUGAGCUCAUGAAGGACAGGGUUCGACCCGUGCCUUAAAAGUCCUAUUUAUCCCCUAAGUCAUAAUGGGCAAGUGAGUAAAAUUACUUAAUUGAAAUGUAAUUUCUAAGGUGGCAUUACCGUCUUUAGUUUUCCCCUUUUAAGCAAAGUUCAAACCAAAUAUACUAUAUUGUAGUUGGUGUUCUUAGUUUAUCACGAAAGCUGUAUUUUAGUGUUGUAGUCUUUGAUCAAUGUUUGUCUUUUAUAUGUUCUCGGAAGGGUCAUUGACAGAUAUGAUCUCAUUUAUUCAGAAAGUGAGAGGUACGGGUAUGCUUUCUAUGAAGGUAAUUUUCCUUGUGUAAAAGCUAUUUCAUUCAGUCUUUCACACAGUUUCUCAAUAAAAAAAAUCCA